AAGCCUUUUCAAAGCUUAUGACUUUCAAGCCUAUUUCCUAUUGGCAUGGUUUUAGCUAGCCUUGACACAACAGUUGCUCAAAUAGGUGUUUGUUAUGGACUGCUUGGCGAUAAUUUACCACCAAAAGCAGAAGUGAUUGCUCUUUACCAGCAGAAGGGCAUCACUAGAAUGAGACUGUAUAAUCCUGACGCAGAUGCUCUUGAAGCUCUCAGAGGUUCCAACAUUGGGCUCAUGCUUGGUGUUCCAAAUGGUGAUCUUGAAAGACUUGCUUCCAAUCAAGCUGAAGCAACCGCUUGGGUUCAGAAUAACAUCAUAAAAUACAGAGAUGUAUCAUUCCGAUACAUUGCUGCUGGAAACGAAAUACAACCUGCCGAUCCUCCAUUUAAGUUUAUAGUUCCAGCCAUUCAAAACAUCCACAACGCCAUUGUUGCAGCUGGCCUCGCAAACCAAAUUAAAGUAUCCACUGCCAUUGAUCUUAGACCCCUUGCGGCAUCUUACCCUCCAUCAGCUGCUUCCUUCAGACAAGAAUUUCAACCAACUCUUGAUCCUCUCUUUACCUUCCUCAAACAAAACCAAUCCCCACUACUUGUCAACGUAUAUACAUUUUACGCUUAUGCUGGAAUGCCCAAAAAUCCCACCAAUCUUGAUUACGCUCUUUUGAGGUCAAAUGAAGUAAUAGUUUCAGAUCCUCCAUUCAGUUAUACCAACUUGUUUGAUGCAACCCUGGAUGCUGUUUAUGCUGCACUCGAAAAGGCUGGCGCUCCUUCUAUCGAAGUUGUUGUAUCCGAGACUGGUUGGCCGUCAGCCGCUGGUGGUCCAGACACGACUUUAGAAAAUGAACAGACUUAUAAUCAGAAUUUGAUUAACCAUGUCAAGGCAGGGACUCCCAAGAGGCCUGAAAAGCCAAUAGAAGCUUAUUUGUUCGCCAUGUUUGAUGAAAAUCAAAAGGAACCGGAAAUGGAGAAACACUGGGGAUUGUUUUCUCCAAAUAAGGAGCCAAAGUUCCAAAUUACAUUUAAUUAA